CGGAUCUGUCGAGUACAGCAGGUUUCCCGUAAACAAUCAUCGAUUUCAGACUUAUUAUUUCAGUUGAUUUCGCAGAUCAAUGUAUGUUUAAAGUGAAGCCGAGUCAGGGACUGUAUUGAGAGUACAACUUUUGAUCUGAACGUGGUAGGAUUGUCGAUAACAAGUGACAAUAUUGCCGACGGUAUACUGUGGUGUGAGACAAUAUUUGCUUUUCUCGCUGAGUGUGUGGGUCAGGUGAGACUUAUGUACGCGAGGAGCCUCGCCAUAACAACAGAAGACAGCAGCACACAGAUUGAUAGAACCGCAGCAGGAUUCCGAUAGGCGCGUUCGUGCAUUAGCCGAUGUGUGGUCGUCGAUUACAACAUAUUCUCAACUGUCAAAGUCAACUUAAUCAGCGAAAAUGUUGAGCGCACUGCGGAAAGGAUCCGACCGGAAAAUGUCAGUAGCGAGUAACGGGACGAUGACGGGGUCGACGAAGAGAGACAGCAGCGAUAAAAGUUCGACGGACGGGAGUCGAAUCUCCAUGCCCGGUCUCAAUUUGCGGGGUUUGCUUGCCGCGAAGCGAUUGACCAGAAAUUUAAAGUUACGUUCAACAGCCAGGCAACUUAAGGGUUCCAGUUGGAUGUCGUUCAGUGAUCGGCCACGAGCCAAAUCCACCAUCUCAGCGCCCAGGAUUACCUUGCAACCGACUUACAAAUUGGAACCCGAUCACCCAUUCGUCACCCACGAGGGUCAGAUCUACCACAUGAUGUCGAGCAGAAUCGCGAACCGGUUCGAUGGAGUCAAAUACGAUUCCAGACUAUGCGCCGAGCAGAGCAGGUUGCUCUCAGACGAAAUCAAAGAGUGGAUCAAAGAACUUGGAAUUGAACGUUACAAGAUUAUUGUUGUGGUGAAUGUUGGUGAAACAGACAAGAUAGACGUCAGUAUUAGUAGUCGAGCUGUAUGGGACUCUCAGUUUGAUACUUUCAUUUCCUACGAGUAUCGUAACCCUUCGCUGUUUUGCGUAGCAACCGUUUACGGCGUCUACGCGGAAUAAGUCAGCGCAUUUUCGCAGAUCAAUCAAUCGUACAAAUACGAACUCAUGAUAAAUCGAUUUUUUUAAAAACUUAAUAUGAUAUAUGUAUUUUUUUCGCACAUAGCCGAUUUUAUUCAUGGCAAAUUCAAUGUUCAUACUUAACUUGUUAUUGGUACAAGUGCGGGGAAUGUCCCCGGCGUGAAGCCAGUCACGGUUGCCAUGGCGCAGCAAAUAACGUUCCGUGUAAGCGUAGCCUAGUUUAUAUUUGUCAUGUAACUGGCUCAGGUGUGGAUAACACGUUUCGUGAACUGAUAAACCGAUUCUUAUCGUAUGUUACCACGAUAAAAUAAAAUAACAAUUCUUUAUU